UUGCAAAUAUUUGCAUUUGAGGUGUUGUGCUCAUAUCAUAAAUCUUGUGGUUAGGGACGGGUUAGAAGAACAUUUUAGUUCCAUCACAAAGAUCCGAAAUGCUGUGAAGUAUGUGAGGUCAUCGGGUGCUAGGUUUGCUACAUUCCUAGAUUGUGUUGAGAAAGUGAAGAUUAAUUGUAGCUUCUUGCGAUUGAUAGUGGUUUUAAAACUUUUUGUGGAAGUGAGGUUGAUGAUGGUGAAGUGACUACGAGAAAAAGAAGAAGAAAUGAGAAAGUUGUGGGGACUCCCGAUGCCGACGAUUGGGAGGUUGCUAGGUAUUUUAUCGACUAUUUGAGGAUCUUUUACAAUGUCACAAAAAAGAUAUCCGGGUCCAAGUAUGUGACAGCAAAUAUAUUUUUUAAGGAACUUGUGACAAUGCAAGCAAGCAUAACUAGAAUGUGUGCAAGCACAGACGAGAAAAAGAAAAAGAUGGCAAAGUCGAUGAAAGAAAAAUACGACAAAUAUUGGGACAACAUUGAGAACAUGAACUUCAUGCUUCACAUUGCUGUCGUUUUAGAUCCCCGCAACAAGAUGUGUUAUUUGGAGUAUUGCUUGGAGUUGAUUUAUGGUAAGAAUUCUACCAAAACAAAAACAAUUUUGGAGCAUGUCAACAAAACACUAGAGGACUUGUUUCAACACUUCAAGAACAAGACGGAGAGAGAAAGAUGUGAAAAGACAAGGAGUGCAUCGUCUUCUACACCUAGUUAUUUUGAUUUUGAGCAUGGAGUUGAUAUGGAAGACGAUUUUGAAAGGUUUAUGGAACAACGUGGACAUGGGGUUAAUAAAACAGAGCUUGAGAUUUAUUUAUCAGAUGGGAUGGAAAAACGGGCGGAGGAUUUCCAGAUUUUGGGGUGGUGGAAAUCUAAUUCAACAAAGUUUCCUGUACUUUCUGAAGUGGCGAAACUUGUUUUAGGAAUGCCAAUCUCCACAGUUGCAUCAGAGUCGGCAUUCAGUACUGGCGGGAGGGUGAUUGAUGAAAGUAGAAGCUCCCUUACACAUGUGACUGCCGAAGCUCUGAUUUGUGCACAAGAUUGGAUACGGGACACCCCAAUUGAUAUCCAGUUUAAAAAUAUGACGACUUUAUAUAUGGAAGAGACGCGAGAGAAGUUGGUGCCAAUAGAAACCGGUAAAUAUUUUACUAUUUUUUACAUAAUUAUAAGUUUGUAAUUAUAUAUGUUUAUAAUUAAUUAAUUACAUACUAUUGUUUUGUGUUUGUAGAG